GGUCGUUGACAGUAUAAACCCCUGGAGCCGGGUGCGCACGUGGGUGACGCUGCAGGGCCAACCCUCUUCGGGGUCCCUUUUGUUGAAGCAUCAAACAUAAGCACCUUUGGGAGUCCCGAGGGGCUCAGAUGAGAAUCAGCGAUCAUCUUGUUCAGGGAGCGAUAACUGACCAGCGGAGCAGCCAUGUCCAGGUCUUUCUACGUCGAUUCUUUAAUAAUCAAGGACACGGUGCGGCCCGGACCGCCCGAGCACCCAGGACAAGACUUCCUCAUCCCCAUCAGCAUGCACUCUCCCAGCGUGAUGACCGUCACCGCGCCGGUUUGUCCAUCCAGGAAAAACGGGACUUUCUGCGUGUGUCCGCUCUGCGUCACGUCUCACAUCCACUCGUCCCGGAGCGGCAUCCCCAUGCUGAAGAGUCAGUUUCCAGGAGCAGAGGCGCAGUACUGUCAGAGGAUAACGCAUCAGCAGUCUCCUGCGCUCGCGCACCCGGGACAUACACCUGUCUGCACGCCCACCUUCAGCGUCACAGAUCCCAGGAGAUACCACUGCCUCUCUAUCGGUAAGACACCUGUUUGAUACUCUCAGCUCAGAGCUCUAAUCGACGCCUGUUUGGUAGCUUUCAUGCGCUUCCAGAUCAUUCAAACAUAGCCCGGCGCUCUUCUUUUACGCACAGUGAUUACGCACGAUAUUGGUGCCGUUUCUGUCUCUAUUUCAGUUUAAAACUUGUAGUAAUCUAACCUGAUCAAUAAAAAUGAUCUCCUUUCCCCCUACAGGCGCCACUGAGAGCAGUCACAUACAAAAUGGGAAGAGGAUGCGCACAGCUUUCACAAGCACCCAACUGCUCGAACUUGAAAGAGAAUUUUCCACGAACAUGUAUCUAUCCAGACUCAGAAGAAUCGAAAUCGCCACGUAUUUGAACCUGUCAGAAAAACAGGUGAAAAUCUGGUUUCAAAACCGCAGAGUGAAGCACAAGAAGGAGGGCAAAGCCACACAGAGGAGCGCGCACAGUGGGUGCAAGUGCACAACCAGCCACACGGACUAUUCCCGGUCAGAGGAUGAGGAGUCUCUGUCACCGGCCUCUGCGUCCGAGGAGAAGGAGGUGUCACCCAUCUAAAAGCUCCCAAAGUCCCACUCCCCUGUUGGCACUUAUUCUGCCCUGGUUCCACUCUGGGUCACGGCAUAAUGUGACUCUUGGCCCCGAGUAUCCCCUGCAUGAAAUCUGAGCAAAAGCGUUCUUUGUCAUGUUUCCUAUUUUUAUACCGAAUUGAAGAUGUGAAAACAUGUUGACCACCGUCUUUAAAUGUUAGUAGACAAAAUGUUUUCCCGCUGAUAUAUAGUCGAUCCUUCCAGGGUCUCACCCACAUGAACUCUCAGGUCUGGUUGAUUUUUCCCACCUAAUGUUCUGAAUUAUAUGGCAUCACUGUCAGUGUCGACCAGCCUGUGAGGAACCUGAACGCACCAAC